AUGACGGCGCCACCACCGGCGAAGCCUUUAACACUUCAAGAAUGGGAAGCCCUAAUGGAGAAUUUCCAAUCCGGCACCGGAAUUGAAAAAUGGAACUCUCUCGAUCCAUCUCUCACCGAUCAUCUCUUAUCCUCUCUUCUCCGCAAAGACUUUCCUCUUCAACUCAAAUUCCAACUCCUCGUCUUCUUUGACGAAUUCUCCAUUUCCAUUUUCCAUUCCGAAAACCUCAACCGUCUCAUCGAACCUCUCAAAACCGUCAUCCAAUCUCCUCCCGACGCCGUUCACAUCACUCCUUUGUUCAAAGAGCAGUUUAUGAUUUCUGUCACUUCCGUUAUCGUUUGUUUCUCGGAAGAGGACAACGUUCAAACGGUAAUGGAGAGUUUAGUUGAACUUCUGUUGACGGUUAUUAACCGUCCGAAUUUCGGUUCCGAUCGUCACACACGCGCCAUCGCGUGCGAGUGUUUGAGAGAAUUGGAACGAUCGAAACCGUGUUUACUUUCCGAUGUGGUUGGACAUUUGUGGAGUCUUUGCCAGAAUGAACGAACGCACGCUUCACAAUCCUACAUCUUGCUUUUCACAACGGUUAUUCAUAACAUCGUUGAUAAGAAACUCAGCAUUUCCAUUCUCAAUACAUCGCUUCCGCUGCUUCCUUUUAACACACCACAGUGUCUGAAUCGAGAGGAUUCUGGUUCGGGUUUGAAUACGAAGGAACUGAGAAGAGCUUUGGCAUUUUUGUUGGAGUCGCCACAAGUGUUGACACCAUGUGGAAUGAUGGAGUUUGUAUCUAUGGUGAUAUCUGUAGUAGUGGCCUUGGAAUUGCAACCUUCAAUGCUUAAGGUUCAGUUGUUUGGGAUGAUUCAUUCUUAUGAUCCUCUUCUUUGCCAUGUCGUUUUGGCUAUGUUUAUGCGUUUCUUAGAUGCUUUUGAUGGCCAGGAAGGCGAGGUUUCUAGUAGGCUCUUGUUGAUUUCUAGAGAAUCUCAUCAUUAUUUGGUGUUUCGCUUGUUGGCAAUUCAUUGGUUGUUGGGUUUCAAUCAAUUGGUUUCCAGUAAACAAUCACAUAUUGAGAAGAAGAUUGAGAGAGGAAAUGAAGCUUGUUCCACUUUUUAUCCUUCUUUGUUUGAUCCAUUGGCUCUGAAAGCAUUGAAGCUUGACCUUCUUGCAUCCUGCUCUGUCUUGAGUAAGAAAAGUGAUUCUGAUUAUAAAUCUAGUUCCCGUAAUGGUGAUGUUGGUUUGGUUGAUCCGGUGAAGGUGUUUGAAAAGGGUCUCCUUUCUGUAUCAUCGUUCAAAUGGUUGCCUCCAGGGAGCACAGAGAUUGCAGUUGCAUUUCGUACCUUUCAUAAGUUUCUCAUUGCUGGAUCGUCUCAUUCUGACAGUGAUCCUUCCACAACAAGAAAUAUGUUGGACUCCAUGAUAUUUCGUACUUUGCAGGCGAUGCUUGUGAACAUGACUUUGGAGAGUCGGAGACUGGUUCCUGUUGUUGCUGCUUUUGUGGACCGUUUACUAUCCUGUAAGAAGCAUUCUUGGUUGGGCGAGCGCUUACUUCAGAAAUUUGACGAGCACUUACUUCCAAAAGUGAAAAUGGAUUAUAAGUUGGUGUAUUGCUUCCCAAUAUUUGAUAGAAUUGCUGAGAAUCAAACAAUACCUCCGCGUGGAUUGAUAGCACUACUCACAAACUUCAUGAUUUUUCUUGUGGAGAAACAUGGCCCGGAUACAGUAAUGAAAUCUUGGUCCCAAGGAAGUAGAGCUCUUGGUAUUUGUCGAACUAUGUUGGUACACCACCAUAGUUCUAGACUGUUCCUUAGACUAUCUCGUCUACUUGCUUUUACUUGUCUCUUUUUUCCUGAUUUGGAAGUCCGUGAUAAUUCAAGGACCUACUUGCGUAUGCUGGUCUGCAUUCCAGGGAAGAAGCUUAGAGAUAUCUUGAGCCUGGGAGGCACGAUGCUUGGGAUUUCACCUUCUUCACACCAAACCACUUUCUUCAAUGUUCAAUCACCUCGACCUUCUCAAAGAUUCAAGACAUUUAAAAACCUAACAUCCUGCAUUCACUUUGAGCGUCUGACCCCAUUACUUGUUAAGCAGUUUUGGUCGUUGUCUUUAUCAAGUUUAGUCGUGAGUAAUAGCAAACCAGCUUAUAUGGAGGGCAUCAGGGACCUUGAACCUCCUAACGAAGAAAAUGAAUCUUCUGACAGCCCCAAUUCACAGUUCAUUCCUGAAACUGGAAGAACAAAUCAACCAAAUGAGCCACUCCGUGUUAUGGACUCUAAAAUUGCAGAAAUUUUGAACACGUUAAGGAAGUACUUUUCCUGUAUUCCUGACUACAGAUAUAUGGCAGGACUCAAAGUUAGCAUAUCGUGCAGUUUGAGAUUUGAAUCUAAUACUUUCAAUCGCAUGUUGGGAAUCAAUAACACUGCCACAGCCCAGGAAGAGAUAGAUACCCUGCCCGCUCUAUAUGCUAUUUUGUUACAUUUUUCGUCUGCUGCACCUUAUGGGUCGAUUCCAUCUUCUCAUAUACCUUUUCUUCUUGGUGAACCUAACAGUAAGGACCCUGCAUCUCAAAAUGCCUCCCUCAGUAUUGUUCCUGUAGGAAAGGAAUCCAGAGAAGAGGAAAAAUAUAGAGCUACUGUGGUGGUUGACUUGGAGCCCAGGGAACCGGCACCAGGUAUAGUUGAUGUUCACAUUGAAACAAAUACAGAAAAUGGUCAGAUCAUUCAAGGUCAACUUCAGGGAAUCACAAUAGGCAUUGAAGACAUGUUUCUCAAGGCCAUUGUUCCAUCAGAUAUUGAAGAAAACGCAAGACCUCAGUACAACUUUGACUUGUUCACUGCUUUGUGGGAGGCAUGUGGCUCAUCCUCUAGCACUGGACGGGAAACCUUUCAAUUGAAAGGAAGCAAAGGGAUUGCUGCUAUUAGUGGAACACAAUCUGUCAAGCUUCUUGACAUCUCUGCAAACUCAUUGAUUCAGGCAACUGAGCGCCAUCUGGCACGCUUUGUUGUAGGUGUGAGUGGGGAGCCACUAAUUGAUGCUGUAUGGGAAGGGGGAAUUAUUCAGAAUGUUAUUUGGGAAGAUGCUUCCCCUGAUGCCACUGCAAUUGCAAAUUAUGAUGCUGGUCCACUCCGUCUUACAUACAAUAAUGAAGAGUAUGAGAAGGGGGUAAUUAUCAAUAGCAGACAAAGCAACCUAGGCUGUUUUCUUGUUCUAAUAUUUCUUCCACCGCGGUUCCAUCUCCUUUUCCAAAUGGAAGUUGGCGAUGUUUCAACUUUAGUUCGUAUUCGCACAGAUCAUUGGCCUAGCUUGGCCUACAUUGAUGAUUAUCUAGAAGCUUUAUACCUAUCUUCAUAG